UUCGCCAUUAAACUUCUCUCUCUCUCUCUCUCUCUCUCUCUUCGCUCGCCUCUUCCUCUCUCCUCCACACUCCUCCGAAUGCUAAAAACGCCAUUAGCGAUCACCUUCUCCUCGAUCACACUUCAAAAUGUAAGCUUAUGCUUGUGGGACGUUCUGCUGGGGUCUUGUUUAAUAUCGUCUGCUGCAGAUUACUCAUAUCAUGGCUCAGUUACUAAAGCUAGAGGGUCAAAAGGCGCAACGUACUUAUUAUGCCGAGAACUACGAUCAUUUCUCUAAUCUGUCAGAGCCCAUUGUUCAUCACAUUUUUGGCUUUCUUGGCACGAAAGACAUAGCUCGAAUCGGCACCCUCUCGAAAAGAUGCAGAGAGAUGUUCAUCUCUAGCCCGUACUUGAAGUUCGCAUCCAUCUGUUCGUACGACAAUCCGUUGUGCAAGCAAUUCAGCGAUUAUGUGGACAGAGUUCUAAGCCUGAGGAAUUCGUCAGAGAUAAGAAGUUUGUCCCUUCGCUGGGUUUGCGAUAACAAUGAGUGCGACGUGGACGUACAUCUUGUCGAUAAGUGGAUUGAUAUUGCCGUAAGACGUGGAGUUCAAGAGAUCGAGAUUGAGGUCGGGGUAAGGGAGGAUGCAAUGUUCAACUUUCCGAAUUUCAGGGAUGCAGUGUUCAAGUUGCCGAAGUGUAUCUUCAUUUCCAGAAGCUUGAGAGUGCUUAAGUUAGAUAUGCGGUAUAAUCGUCUCCAGGAACCUACUGGAGCUCUUCCUUCUCUUGAGGAUCUGUCUCUAUGUUCGCUACAAGUUUCCGAAAGUUGCCUUGAAAAAUGGGUUUCUAGUGCACGCCCAUCGCUUAAAAGGUUGACGAUUUCAAACGUGCAGGGUGUGUUUGAAAAUCUGAAUAUCGUUAGCAAGUCUCUUGAAGAGUUGGAUAUAUCCGUACUCUCAUGUAAACUCUUGAAGAAUGUCGACAUCUCAACGGAGAGGCUGGGAAAGUUGUGCUUAGACUUAAAAACCUUAUUCACUAGGCAUCUUCACAGCAUGAAAAUCGCCGCCCCUAAUCUCCAAGAGUUGACGUGGAUAGCGGGGAUGGCGAGUAACGUUGAACUGAGCGAGUUUAAACUUCUAAAGAAUGCUACUCUCUCCGUUGGUAUAUGUAAUGACUACGUAGAAGGCUUUACUAUCGGCAACCGCUUAGCAAAGCUUUUUCAGAGUGUACGGUUUGUUAGCGCACUGCAAAUAAACAGUGAAGUUCUCGAGACACUUUUCCUGCGUCAUCGCAUAUCCGUUGCGUUGGAUUCUCUUCGGCAUUUAACCAUUACAGUUGAAUGUUUGACGCGUUACCAUUUCUCAGCUUUUGCUUCCCUUCUCGCGGGCUUGCGUAAUCUACAAACUUUAUCCCUUAAAUGUCAUCGUGAGAAUCGAUAUCCACCGGACCAUUCAUUGUGGUACAGGUGGAAGGCCGUCAAGUUUAAUGAGCAGCACAGUAAUGGAUUUCGCAAUCUGCUUGGUGAUCAGCUAAGUAUGAUAGAAAUGGAGUUGAAAGGAAAAGGUCAUGAAGUUGUGUUUUUUGUCGGAAACAUGAUUAAGGCUGCGAAAGGCUUGCGGAAGAUCACUAUCGUUUACUCGAGAGAAUAUUAUUCCGAGAUGCUGUCGAAGAUGAGGAACGAAAUUUCCGCGACCGCGCUUCUACCUCUCGAAGUGAAUUUAGUUGAGAAAGAAUUUGGUGGAUACGAAGAUCCUGAAUUAUAAGAUUACACUUUUUUAAAAAAGUUCUGUGACAUGUAUUUGCUAAUUCCGCACAUUUGUUACUUCGAUAUUUUGAAAAGUUCGAAGAUCGACGAUGUAGGUUUUGUUUACGAAGUUCUUACUCAGAUGUUUUCCAUUUCCUAUCUCGAAGCAAUGCGAACGGUGGAUAUGAUGGUGAUCUUACAGUGGGGACUAUUUCGGAUAAAUGUUUAUUGUUCUUAAUCGUCCAUUAUGUAAAAUGGACGCGCAAA